UUCAUAAACAGCUCGUCAACCACCUCGGUAGCUUGCUAGCCAACAUAGCCGAAAGAUUCAAGCUAUUUAGACGCUUUCGGUGUAUAUUAGCUACUGUGUUUUAGACACACUUAGGUCGUAUCUACUUGUUAACCUAUUUAAUAUUACGUUAUUUUGUAUCAGUCAGCUAUAGGAGCUGGCUGGUCCAAUUAGCACUAGCCUAGUCGCUAAUGAUAGCUAGCUAGCUAACGUCCCCGACCAUGAGCUCCCUAAACAUCACCUCUCCUGUUAAAGAAGAGGUGAUCUGCUGGACGGAGAAAGAAGCUCUUGUGAAAGAGGAGAAGGAAGAAGACAAUAUCACAGUAAAACAAGAAGUAGAGGGUGAGGCUGUUACAGUGACAGAAGAGAAAGACGUUACAGUGAAAGAUGCGUUCAGAGUGAAAGAGGAGGAUUUUACUGUGAAAGAAGAGGAGGAUGUAGUUUUUCGUGUGAAAGAAGAGGAGGUUGGAGAUCUGUUUAACACCAGAGAGAGACGGGACUACCGUGGGUCCUCUGGGGAGCCUCAACAACCUCAUGAUGCUGACGAGGCAGAGAAGAGUCUCUCCAGAUCAGAACACAUCAAGAAACACCAGCGGAGAUCCACAGGGAAGAAACCUCACUGCUGCUCUGACUGUGGGAAGAGAUUCACCUCCUUAGCAGGCAUUAAAAUUCAUCAGAAAAUCCACACAGUAGAGAAACCUUAUAGCUGUCAAUGUGGGAAGAGUUUUACUCAUUCAACCAGACUGAUAUCACACCAGAGAACACACACAGGAGAGAAAUCGUAUAGCUGUGAUCAAUGUGGGAAGAGUUUUGUUACAUCUGGCCAUCUGAAAAUACACCAGAGAACACACACAGGGGAGAAACCGUUUAGCUGUACUCAAUGUGGUAAGAGUUUUACUCAGCUAAGCAACCUUAUAUCACACCAGAGAACACACACAGGAGAUAAACCAUAUAGCUGUGGUCAAUGUGGGAAGAGUUUUGGUCAAUCUAGCACUCUGACUCUACACCAAAGAAUACACACAGGAGAGAAAUCUUAUAGCUGUACUCAAUGUGGUAAGAGUUUUACUCAGCUAAGCAGCCUGAUAUCACACCAGAGAACACACACAGGAGAGAAGCCAUAUAGCUGUAAUGAAUGUCGGAAGAGUUUUAUUCACCUAAGCAGCUUGAUGUCACACAAGAGAACACACACAAGAGAGAAAUCUUAUAGCUGUACUCAAUGUGGGAAGAGUUUUGAUACAUCUAGCCAUCUUAUUGUACACCAGAGAAUACACACAGGAGAGAAACCUUAUAGCUGUGGUCAAUGUGGGAAGAGUUUUGGUCAAUCUAGCACUCUGACUCUACACCAGAGAAUACACACAGGAGAGAAAUCGUAUAGCUGUGGUCAAUGUGGGAAGAGUUUUACUACAUCUGCCCAACUGACUCUACACCAGAGAACACACACAGGAGAGAAAUCUUAUAGCUGUGAUCAAUGUGGGAAGAGUUUUACUACAUCUGCCCAACUGACUCUACACCAGAGAACACACACAGGAGAGAAACCUUAUAGCUGUGAUCAAUGUGGGAAGAGUUUUGCUGCAUCUAGCACUCUGACUCUACACCAGAGAAUACACACAGGAGAGAAACCUUAUAGCUGUGAUCAAUGUGGAAAGAGUUUUGGUCGAUCUGGCCAGCUGACAUCACACCAGAGAAUACACACAGGAGAGAAACCUUAUAGCUGUGAUCAAUGUGGAAAGAGUUUUGGUCGAUCUGGCCAGCUGACAUCACACCAGAGAAUACACACAGGAGAUAAAUCUUAUACCUGUGGUCAAUGUGGGAAGAGUUUUACUACAUCUAGCAUUCUGACUGUACACCAGAGAACACACACAGGAGAUAAACCUUAUACUUGUGGUCAAUGUGGGAAGAGAUUUACUACAUCUAGCUCUCUGACUGUACACCAGAGAAUACACACGGGAGAGAAACCUCAUAGCUGUGAUCAAUGUGGGAAGAGGUACACUGAUAAAAGAUCUCUGAUUAAACAUCAGAAAAUACACACAGGAGAGAAACCAUUUAGCUGUGUUCAAUGUGGGAAGAGUUUUGAUCAAUCUUGCCAUCUGAUUCAACACCAGAGAACACACACAGGAGAGAAACCUUAUAGCUGUGAUCAAUGUGGGAAGAGUUUUAGUCAAUCUGGACAGCUGACAGUGCACCAGAGAACACACAGAGGAGAGAAGCCUUACAGCUGUGGUCAAUGUGGGAAGAGUUUUACUACAUCUAGCAAUCUGACUACACACCAGAGAACACACACAGGAGAGAAACCUUAUAGCUGUGAUCAAUGUGGGAAGAGUUUUGAUCAAUCUGGACAGCUGACAGUGCACCAGAGAAUACACACAGGAGAGAAGCCUUACAGCUGUGGUCAAUGUGGGAAGAGUUUUACUACAUCUGGUCAUCUGACUCUACACCAGAGAACACACACAGGAGAGAAACCUUACAGCUGUGAUCAAUGUGGGAAGAGUUUUGGUCAUUCUGGCACUCUGACUUUACACCAGAGAAUACACACAGGAGAGAAACCUUAUAGCUGUGGUCAAUGUGGGAAGAGUUUUACUCAGUCAACCAGCCUGAUAUCACACCAGAGAACACACACAGGAGAGAAAUCUUAUAGCUGUGAUCAAUGUGGGAAGAGUUUUACUACAUCUAGCAAUCUGACUCUACACCAGAGAACACACACAGGAGAGAAAUCUUAUAGCUGUGAUCAAUGUGGGAAGAGUUUUUGUCAAUCUAGGGAUCUGACAGUGCACCAGAGAACACACACAGGAGAGAAAUCUUAUAGCUGUGGUCAAUGUGGGAAGAGUUUUACUACAUCUGGCUCUCUGACAUUACACCAGAGAACACACACAGGAGAGACACCUUAUAGUUGUGGUCAAUGUGGGAAGAGUUUUACUACAUCUAGCAAUCUGACUCUACACCAGAGAACACACACAGGAGAGACACCUUAUAGCUGUGGUCAAUGUGGGAAGAGUUUUACUCAGUCAACCAGCCUGAUAUCACACCAGAGAAUACACACAGGAGAGAAACCUUACAGCUGUGGUCAAUGUGGGAAGAGUUUUACUACAUCUGGCCAUCUGACUCUACACCAGAGAAUACACACAGGAGAGAAACCGUAUAGCUGUGGUCAAUGUGGGAAGAGUUUUGGUCGAUCUGGCCAGCUGACAUUACACCAGAGAAUACACACAGGAGAGAAACCUUACAGCUGUGGUCAAUGUGGGAAGAGUUUUACUACAUCUGGUCAUCUGACUAUACACCAGAGAAUACACACAGGAGAGAAGCCUUAUAUCUGUGAUCAAUGUGGGAUGAGUUUUACUUCAUCUAGCCAGCUGACUUUACACCAGAGAACACACACAGGAGAGAAACCUUUUAUCUGUGAUCAAUGUGGGAUGAGUUUUACUACAUCAAGCCAUCUGAUUCGACACCAGAGAACACACACAGGAGAGAAACCUUAUAGUUGUAAUCAUUGUGAGAAGAGUUUUCCUACAUCUGGCCAGCUGACUUCACACCAGAGAACACACACAGGAGAGAAACCUUAUAGCUGUGAUCAAUGUGGGAAGAGUUUUACUAGAUCUAGCUAUCUGACAGUGCACCAGAGAACACACUCAGGAGAGAAAUCGUAUAGCUGUGACCAGAGAUAAUCUGAUAAAAGAUCUCUGACUAAAUUUCAGAAAAUACAUGAAGGAGUUGUUUCAUGAUAUCAAUGAAAUAAUGUCACAAUGUAGAAUGUUUUAACAUUGUAGUAGGAGUGUUUUAAUGAUGUCACAAUGUAGAACCCUAAAUGUUUGUCCCCUGUUCUAUUGAUUUCAGCAUGAUAUGGAUAUUAGCCUCAGGGGGAAAAUCCAGGCUCUGAAUUGGAAGAGUACUAUUUAUAUGAUUUAACAAAAAGUGACUAACACAAAAAGAGCUGUGUUACACUUACCACGUUGGUGACCCACUUGAAUUAAAAUGCAACACUUCAAAAAUGAAAAUAAAAUCUAGGCUCUGAAAUGAAAGAGUACUAUUUAUGAGAUUUAGUAAGUACACAUUAUUCCCAGAUUCCGUGUGGUUUUGAGCUGUUAGUUUUAACAGGACGUGCAACCUCAUUUCCCUCCUCUCGCACAAAUGAUUUUAGCAUGAUAUCGAUGAGUUAUGACAAAUAAGUGUUGCGUUCCUUUGUUUAGCGACCCCUAAAUUUAAAUGCAUUCCAACAUCACGUACAACCUGAUUUCCCCCCUAAUCGAUAUCAGUGAUUUAUUGCUACUUGUCAAAACAACACUGUUUCUGGUGCUUGUGCAGUUUAUAAGGAGCUUGUUUAAAAAAAUACAAGAAUUAUGAUUAUUGUGGCAGUUUGUGUAAAUAGCACAUGUUAUGUUUAGGUUUUCAAUUUAUCCCAAACUGUUUCUGCAUAUUGGUUAUUGAUUUGGACACGUUAAAACUGUGUUUUGACAUUGAGGCUAUCCCACCUAGCACAAUGUAAUUGAAAAGACGUUGAAAAUAAGACUAUGCAAUCAACAACAAA